CGUAUUCCCCGGCCACCUUAGCUCGCACUUCACAUUUCACAUCGCACUGACGUACUGCGCACGGCGUACCGCGCACAUCGCGCACACGGCCCUCGUCAGCCGCACGCCUAGUACGUUUUUGAAGGACGUUCGUUGUGCGGCGUACAAAUCUGCCGCGAAUUGUGAUCAACUGCUCUGUGUACCUUGAUUAUCCAUUGUCCCUGCGCCAGGUGUGCACUAGUUUAAGCUAUAAUCCCGGCAGUUCAGUUUGCCGCAGUAUUGAUCGCAUCUCGCUCGCUUCAGCUAAUGUUUAUAAACAGCCGGUCGCAUCCAUACGAUCCCUCUUGUUUUUGAUACGUUCGACCGUUUGGAGAAGAACCGCAGCACUGAUCCUGUAUGCGCCAACUGUACCGGCAUCCCGUAUAGGAAGCACUGCAAAUUGAUUCGUUUCGGUGGUGUACGCUAUGAUUGGAGGAAGUCCGUUGGCAUCGGACUCAAUGACAUGGAGACUGUAAAUUAGAUCUCAUUAGACUGUGGCAAAGAUUAAGAGAUUGGGUGAUUGGUGAAUAAUACAGUUUUGUUAUAAUAUGGACAUAGAAAUAUUAAAUUUCAAAGAGUAGCUGUAAGAACUGAACAUCGCAGUUAUUUCCAUGUUGUAAGAGUGACGUAGAUUGGCAGCCAUGCUGUCGUAUAUGGUGCCCGUUGAAGAGAAACCCCCACCGGCGCCGGUCAAGGGCCGACUCGCGUUGGAGCUGGUCGGCAGUCCGGGAAGUCCUGAGUCCGCGGUCAGGAAGACCAGAAGCAACAUAUCUAAAGAGUCCUCAACGAGUUCGUUCGCGAGCGAUCUCACUAUAUCGUCGUCAACUCCAACUGGCGUCCUUGACAAGCCUAAACAUAAACUGCUGAGCAAUGGCAGUAAACACACAUCGCUAAAAAGGGUAUCCUUUGGCAGCUCGAAAGGGUCGAUGGUUGAGACCCUUAUCUACGAGAGUCCCCUUCAAGAGGAACCAGAGCAGACCAGUCCACCACCGAAGGCGCAGGAGACGUCCUUCCCCUACACGCCCGUCGAAGACGAGUCGGAGCGUUCGAAAGUGCGUGUGUCUUUUUACCAAGGAGCAAGACCGCAGUGUCUCUCCCCGCCGCCACAAGCGACGGAUCCAGAUUCUCACAUUCUCUACGCUAGCCUACUAUCAGCAAACUCCGAUAUGGGUGAAUACAAUGUCUACAAUCGGCAAAUCAGCACUGAAAGCGGCUGGGACAAUCCCUUCCGUCCUGACGGUGAUUUGAGCCGUGAAGCUGAUGAGAUUGUGUCCCUGAUCAAGGGAGGCAAGCCUAUCACGCCCACGCCCACUGCUGAACCCGAGUUGCCCGUUAGUGAUGAGGAGGAAAAAGUGCAUGCAAAUAAUGUCAAUGCUAGUCCGCCAUCUUCCCCUCAAACGAAAGUGGCAAGUCCCGUGCAGCAACAGAGUCCACCGAAAGCUAUGAACGGCACUAAGAACGGUGCCGCGGUGCCGGAGGUGCGUCCGGGUCAAGUGGAGGUGCAGCGCUCGCCGCCUCAGGAGCCCCUGCAACCGGAACACGUGACCAUCAAGAAGAAGCCCAAGUGCAAGUGUUGCGUUCUCCAGUAAACAGCCCCCUUUACCCUCGCACCGGUAACACGCAUCGCUUAUACGUCUAGCAUAUAUCCCCCACUUUGGUGUUUACUCGGUGCUAUUUCAUUUUUCCAUUUCUCUAACUGCAACUUAUUGAGACAUAUAUCGGGAAAGCAUAUUAUGUGUUCAUUUUGUACAAUUUAUUACAUAUUCAAAAGUGUGGCCUCUACUCUCAUAUAUUUUUGUUAAUUAUUUCAUUAGUGACUUUUUGGGUAUGUAGCAGGUGGACAAAUAUUUACAAAUUCUAACAUUUAUCUUAGUGACGGAUGGUUUAUAUUUAUUGCCCUGAACUAUUCAUGCGGCGCAUUAUAAUAGUUAUCUUCACUAAGUAUUCGCGGCCUAACGCAUUCUUUACAUAUAUAUUCCUUUAUAGUUCUUUUGUUAACAGAUAUUACUAAAGUAUAAUUUUAAAAUAUGUAUGCAGUCAACUGUAUUGCUUAUCCAUUUAAUUGAAUGUACUGUCUAAUAUAAAUGACAUUAUAUUCAUUUCUUAUUAUUGUGUAAUUGAAAUAAAUCGUACUCAUUAAAAUAUUCUCAAAUGUUGAACAAAAAUAGCCUAUUUUUAGGAGUAUGUGUGUAAACAAUGCAAGUGUCGCCUACAUCAACUUUGUGAUAAAUUCAUAUAUUAUAGCUAGUUUCGCAAAGAGGGAAAUAAUGUUGGAAACUAAAGAUCCUGUGGAGGACAAUGUUAAAAUUAGACUUUGGGAAUGUUUAACAAUCAUUGGAGAAUCUCAAAUAUCAAUAGAUUGAGAUGAGAAAUGGUAAUGUAAAAAUAUGGAGAGAAACAAAAAUUCUUAUUAUGAAAUCAUAUUUACAAUAAUAUUUAAUGUGAAUAUGCCAAUUCUGGUCAUUAAGAAAUGAUU